UCACAAUGUUAGUGUCACUAUUUCUAUUAACGCUUUACUUACAUGUUUUUUGCUUAAAUUUAAAAGCGGCAAUAUUAGAUCCUGUCGCAGAUUUAAAACAAAUUGCUUCGGAAGAAAAAAUAUACGAGGAAAAUUAUGAUCCACUUAACGACGUUCUAUAUAUUGAUGACAUUUCUUUAAAUAAUUUAAGGUCCAAGAAAGAUGCUAAAGUUUGGGAUCAUUGGGGAAAAUGGUCUGCUUGUAGUGUCACUUGUGGUGUAGGAAAAAUAACAAGAUGGCGGCAUUGCAUGUCAAAAGAAUGUGCCCCUGGAGAGAAAGAAGCUCAGAUUAAAACGUGUACCUUAAAACCUUGUCGAUAAAAUAAUUUACAUUUACAUAGUGUACUUUACAUAUCUUUAAAUUAGCUUUAUUAAUCAAAUAAACGUGUUAA